UUCACUUCUUUGGUUCUUUCCCAUGACCCAGUCUCCAUUAGCAGACGGUCGAGCUCGAGCACCAGUGACACCAGUCACACCAGCACUGUAAAACUAACUAGCAACAUACGACGACUAGAAGGUACUUCAGAUUAUAUAGGGUUUCAAUUGAAACAUGGCGUCUGCAUCUGCUGCUUCUUCUUCUUCCAGUAAGCAGCAAGUUGUUCUAUGGGGUCCGAAUUAUGUGAAAGUAUAUACAACCACCACCACCACCACCACCGACAACAAUACAGAGGCAUCUACUGCGGGAUUACAGUCCGAUAUGGAAGUUGAUAGACCUGCUUAUGUAUUAGAAGAAGAAGAACGACCUCCUUAUGUUAUUGUUGUCCAUGGACCUCCCAAGGUUGGGAAGUCCACGUUGAUUAGAUCGUUAGUAGGGUAUUAUUCCAAGGACAAUCGUUACUCGGUACACGAGAAAGGUCCCAUUAAGAUCAUAUCAGGUAAAAAAAGAAGAAUACAGUUUGUGGAGUGUCCAAAUAGUGUUAGUGGUAUGCUUGAUGCUGCUAAGUACGCUGACGCUGUCAUGUUGCUCAUUGAUACAUAUACUAGCUUUGAGAUGGAGACAUUUGAAUUUGUGAACAUUUUACGAGUUCAUGGCAUGCCGAUGGUCAUGGGAGUGCUGACAUCUCUUGAUUUGUGCACAAACGUUGAUAGACUAUCAAGAACUAAAGAAUAUCUCAAAAAUUAUUUCACAACUGAAAUACAUGAAGGAGCAAGAAUAUUCUGUUUAUCUGGACUCAUAGAUGGGCUGUGCAAGGAGCAUGAAAUACUUCAUCUGGUAAAUUUCUUAUCGUCUAUGGAAUUCUAUCCUUUGUCACGGAGAGACGCACAACCUUAUGUGCUGGUAGAUCAUUUUGAAGAUGUUACUCCUCCAGAAAAUAUGGACAAGGAUAACAAAUGCAAAAGAAACAUUGUUUUGUAUGGUUACCUCCGAGGUUGUGAUAUCAAGAAUGGAGUUCAGGUGCACAUUGCUGGUGUUGGUGAUCGCCCUCUAUUUAGUGUAACAAGCUUAGCUGAUCCUUGCCCUUUACUGGCUAGUCCCAAAAGGAAGAGAUCUCGGAAAGAUAAAGAGCAUGAUGCGAGUGAGGGUUUCAAGCCAGGGACUUAUCUAAGGUUGGAGGUCCAAGACGUUCCUUUCGAGAUGAUUCAAAAUUACAAUCCUUGUCAUCUUAUUCUCAUUGGAGGCAUCAGUCCUGGAGAGGAGACUCUUGGCUAUAUUAAGGCAACACUUACGCGACAUAGUUGGCACAAGAAAUUACUGAGGACAAGAAACCCUAUCAUUGUUUCAGUUGGUUGGAGGCGGUACCAGACUAUCCCUGUGUAUGCUGUGGAGGAUCGCGAUGAACGGCUUCAAAUGCUCCAUUACACCCCAGUAGGCACGCAGUGUCUUGCAAAGUUUUGGGGCCCUCAUGCAUCCCCCAAUACUGGAAUUGUAAUUGUACAGAGUCUGCCAGACAAAAAGGCAGUGUUUCGGAUUUUAGCAACCGCUGUUGUAAUUGAUUUUAACAAGGCUUCUAAGGACACUGCGAAGAUAUUUUGGGAACAUGAGCGUGUUCGGUCUGAAGUUCAGGCUCCUCACAUCUUCAACCCACUAGCGUCAACCUCGAAGCCAAUUGAAGAGGAGAAUGUGGAGGUGACUGAAGAAGAAGAAGAAGAAGAAGAAGAAGAAGAAGAGACUUCUGAAAGUCAACAUGAAGACGAAGAGGAGGCUUCUGAAAGUAAACAUGAAGAGGAUGGGUCUGAAAGUGAAUAUGAGAGUUCGGGGAGUGAAGGGGAAGACGAGGCUGCUGAAACCGAGGAGGAGGCUUCUGAAAGUGAAGAUGAAGAUUAUUCUCAUUUGGGGAGACGACAUAAGCUGAAUGGCUUACGUACCGUGAGAUUCUUUGAGGGAGAGCCCGAUUUCAAUGACCGAGUUGUUGCUAAGAGUUUAUUGUGUUUUGAUAAUCAAGAUGAGCAGCUGGAGUUUGCAAAACAUCCGCUACUGGUGAUUUUGAAAGAAGAACAGAUGUUAGAAAUACAUGAGAGAGAGGAGAGGAUGAAGAAUUGCUUAAAAGAUUUUCUCAAACAACGACAACGUGUGCUUUCCAAGGAAGAAAAGAUGUUGGCAAUACAUGAAAAGGGGGAGAGGAAAGAGAAAUUCAGACAAGAGAUGAUGCAAAGGGGUUCUAAAGUUCGAUUUGAUAGAGUUGGAGUAUAAUCUGUCAAGAAUAUGGAUAGUGUUGAGUUUUUUUUUUUUGCUAGAGAUCUGUUGUAGAUACAUCUUUGGCAACUGAACUAGGGGGCAUUGGGCAUAUAUCUUAUAAUCAGUAUAAAAUGUUGUUAAUCUCUGAAGUGUGCUGCAUGAAUGCAUAAUGCUGAGUUUGAAUGGAUACAACAGGUUUUUCCAGGCAAGUCUGCAAGGUGAAUAUCCAUGAAAGUUGGGUUUAACCUAAGCUGGAAACCAGCUUGUUUGGUUGAAUGAAGCUAUGAAUCUUAAUAGAACUGGCAGUAUAGUGAUCCGAGUUCGACCUCGAUCCCCAGCAGUGGUGUAGUUUUUCAUGAUUGUCAUCUUUCUUAUUUUAUUUUUGAUGGGAAAAGGAAUUUUAUUAAUUAACAAAUGUAGUACAUAAGAUUUAUAAUUUCGUUUUUGUCAAAGAUAUUAGAUAUAACGCUAGUUUUCUGUA